GCAAAACUAUAUUCACAGUCUAUUUCGCACAUGUUUGCAAAGUAUUUAAACUGUUAAAUUCACAUUCACACCCUAACAUAACACAAAAUGACUGUAAAAUAGACGGUAAUUUGCUACAUGGUGCAUUCUGUAUUGGUGCAUCUCGGAUGUGAGAUUAACUGUACUGUGCUGCGUGUUGCUAAGGAAGCUGUGGGGGGAAGAUUUCGAAAAGUGAAGUCAGUAGCAACACGGAGAUACGCAUCAGUGAGCAUCACAUAUGUCGAAUGGUGUGUGAGGUGGGAGGUUUGCACACGUGAGAAAAACACUAAAAUGACCUGUAAAGAAGCUAAGAGGUGGAAUAAACACAGAGGCUAUUAAAGUGUAGUAUUUUCAUAAUGAGAUAGCUUUCUGCACUUUAUGUGAUACAACUCUGAGUCAGUGUAGUUCUGCAGCCUGUGUGACAGGCUGGUGUCAAACGUAGGUCACAGUAAAAAAAUAGAAGAGUCAAGCAAAAAAAGCAGGAAAUCAUCAGUGAGAGGGUUUCAGUCAGGCAUGUACAGGGCAGCUAACAGUGAGGCCCUGAUUGUUGUCAUUCUCCACUUCCUGGUUUUAGCCGGGCGGGUAGUAGAGGAUCAGUGUGUGAGUGUGUGUGUGUGUGUAUGUGUAACAGCGUGCGACUUAGAUGUGUGUGUGUCAACAUCCACCUCACAUGGAGUGUGAUUAAACUCAGCAAGAAACUAAAGAAGAGGAAAAGAGAGGGGAGGAGGAAGAAGAAGAGAGGAAACUGUAAACUUACAGAAGAAGGGACAAGAAGAAGAAGAGAGGGAAGAGGAAGAGAGAGGUGUGAAAAGCUUCUGAACAGCAAACUGAGACAGAACACACACAAGAAGACUGCAGUGACACUGAGACUACUGCUGACAGCAAUACUACUGAGAGGCAGACAUGGAGAGGAAUGCUGGGAAGGAUUAUCUCUCCCUCAGUAUUCCACACUAAUCUCUACUCACUCACUCACUCACUCACAUACACGCACACGCACACGCACACACACGCACACACACGCACCUUGUGUGUCUUGUAGAAAGACCUUUGGCAUGUGGAUUAUUGACUUUGUAGCCUCUGCAGGGUAGCCAUGUUUGAAGUCUUAGAGCAGGUUAAGUGUAGUAAUAACUCUCUGUGAGUGUAAUGCUUUUAAGAGUUUAGCAUUAUAAUACUAUUUUGUUGAAACAUAAGUCUUCACUUAUAGUAUGUGUUGGAUAGUUUUUGUAGAGGUGCGUGCUUUAACCUUGCAAAAGAUAUUAGUGUUGCUGUAACUGCACUAGAAUAUAUUUAUGUUUAGUUAAGCAGUUUCCCAGUUAAGUGUAGUACUUUGAGUAUAUUACAUAUGGUAGUGUGAGUAUAGUCUCAUGGUUAUAGGUCAUAUUUCCUACCAUGAGACAUUUCUGAGUGGACUGCAGUGAAGCAACCAGGGUCCAGUAUCUGACCAGAGUAGGUGAGAGGUCUUCUCACAGCUGGAGUUCAUCACAUUUUUACAGAAGACUCCAUUUGAUCUCUGUGGUUUUGGUAGAAAGCCUCAAGGACCUGCAAUCACCAGCGUUGUAACUGCUCCACUAGACGGCAUUCCUCUGAGCACCAAGAAUUCCUCUGGGAAUAUUUGGAAUAUUUAAAGGAACAUUUAAAGUUUUCCUUCGGGAGUGCUCGGACUACAACCCAAGUCAUAUAAGGACUUUUCUUUCUAUGAAUAUUGCAGAAUUUUCAAGACUAUCUAGAAUUCCAGAAGUCAUAGCUCACCCUGCCAAAAUGUGAUGAGAAUACAGGAGCUGAGCAAGUUGUCUGUCAUGGAUCUCGACCCAGGAGCAGACCCUGAUCUGGGACAUGGGGCUGGGAUGAAGGCAUGUCAGGGUGCUCCUAAAGAGACAGAAAGAGAAGGAGAAGGGUUAUUAACUGUAAAUGACGGAGAUGGAGAUUUUAGCUCUGCAUCCUCCUCCUCCAAUUCCUCUCUGCGCUCCUCCUCUACCCUCCCUCCAUCCUCCUCCUCGUCCCCCCCAGUCUGCAUGGAGGAAGAGAAGGAUAUGGUGAGUGGCUGCUCCAAGUCUUUCGCCGCACUCAAACUGUUCACCAGGAGGAAAGCGAUAGCCAAGUCCGGCCUGCACCAUCUGCCCUGUCAGCCCAGCACAUCAUCUCUGACCAGAACGGACCCAGAAGCAAAUAUCCGCAGUACUGUGGACUGGACUGAGUCAGCUCUGUAUGGAGAUCAUAUCUGGUUUGAGACGAAUGUGUCUGGAGACUACUGUUAUGUGGGAGAACAACACUGUAUCGCCAGAGCGCUGCAAAAGUCAGUCAGCCGAAGGAAGUGUGCUGCCUGUAAGAUAGUUGUCCACACCAUCUGUAUAGAACAACUGGAGAAGUUUCCCAGCUCUAGAGCCAUUCUGUUGGAUGCCGCCAUGCCCCUCAAUGACCCCACCUUUAGAAUUAAUUUCAGGUGUAAACCGUCUUUCAGGGAAUCAGGCUCUCGGAACAUUCGAGAGCCCAAUGUGGUGCGUCAUCACUGGGUGCAUCGAAGACGGCAAGAAGGCAAAUGCAAACAAUGUGGGAAGGGCUUCCAGCAGAAAUUUGCUUUCCACAGUAAAGACAUUGUUGCCAUCAGCUGUUCCUGGUGCAAACAGGCUUACCACAACAAGGUUUCCUGCUUCAUGCUGCAGCAAAUUGAGGAGCCUUGUCCAAUAGGAGCACACGCUGCCCUCAUAGUUCCACCCACAUGGAUCAUUCGGGUCCGACGUAAUCAGUCAUCUAUGAAGUCGAGUAAGAAGAAGAAGAGAACGUCGUUCAAGAGGAAAAGCAGCAAGAAAGGAGUUGAGGAGGGACGACAGUGGAAGCCAUUUAUAAUCCGACCCAUCCCCUCACCACUGAUGAAACCACUGCUGGUGUUUGUCAACCCCAAGAGUGGAGGAAACCAGGGCACUAAGAUCCUUCAGUCCUUUAUGUGGUAUCUGAACCCCAGGCAGGUGUUUGACCUGAGCCAAGGAGGGCCGAAGGAGGGGUUGGAGAUGUAUCGUAAAGUUCAUAACCUGAGGAUUCUGGCAUGUGGAGGAGAUGGAACUGUGGGCUGGAUCCUGUCUUGUCUUGAUGACCUGGCUUUAAACCCUCAACCUCCUGUUGCUGUGUUACCACUUGGGACAGGAAAUGACCUUGCCAGGACCCUCAACUGGGGAGGGGGCUAUACAGAUGAACCUCUGUCUAAGAUCCUGUCCCAUGUUGAGGAUGGAACUGUUGUGCAGCUGGACAGAUGGAAUCUACAGGUUGAACCAAACCAGAGUUCAGGGGCUGAAGCGGAUGAACAACAAACUGAUAAGCUUCCUCUAGAUGUGUUCAACAAUUACUUCAGUCUUGGAUUCGAUGCCCAUGUGACUCUAGAGUUCCACGAGUCAAGAGAGGCCAACCCAGAGAAGUUUAACAGUCGUUUUAGGAAUAAGAUGUUCUAUGCUGGGACGGCAUUCUCAGAUUUCCUGAUGGGAAGCUCCAAAGAUCUGUCAAAGCACAUCAAAGUGGUGUGUGAUGGGACAGAUUUAACAUCAAAGGUUCAGGACUUGAAGCUGCAGUGUCUGGUCUUCCUCAACAUCCCCAGGUACUGUGCAGGCACUACACCUUGGGGAAACCCUAGUGAACAUCACGACUUUGAACCUCAGCGCCACGAUGAUGGAUACAUCGAGGUCAUUGGAUUCACCAUGACAUCACUGGCUACUCUCCAGGUUGGAGGUCAUGGCGAGAGGUUGAACCAGUGUCGAGAAGUAACUCUCACCACUACGAAACCUCUUCCAGUGCAGGUGGAUGGUGAACCAUGCAGACUUGCUCCCUCAGUCAUCCACAUUAGCCUCAGGAACCAGGCUAACAUGGUUCAGAAAACUAAACGAAGGACGUCACUACCACACCUCAACGACCAGCAGCCAGUCCCAGAGAGGCUGAGGAUCAGAGUCAGCAGGAUCAGUAUGACGGACUAUGAGGCUCUGCACUAUGACAAGGACAAACUACGACAAGCAUCCAUUCCUCUGGGACUGAUCGUGGUUCCUGGUGACAGCGACUUGGAAACUUGCAGAGAACACAUCCAGCGUUUGCAGGAGGAUUUCUGCUCUGUCCACCCUUCCCUCAGAUGCUGGGGAAUGCAGGAGGAAGCAGCCAAGCCAAAGAUUCUUUCCUCGCAGAGAUUGUCUCCAAAAUGGUGUUUCCUUGACUCUACCACAGCAGAUCGUUUCUACAGGAUAGACAGAGCACAGGAACAUCUAAACUACGUAUCAGAAAUCUCCCAAGAAGAGAUCUUCAUUUUGGACCCUGAACUGGUUGUUAUGACGACAGUAGGCACGUCCCCCACAACAAUGCCUGACCUGGUUAACCCUGCUUCCAGCCUGGUACACAGCAGGGAAAGCAGCUCUAAUCAGACCUCCAGUGAAGUCUUUGUCUACCCUGUGGCUUCUUCCUCUCCUUCAACAUCAUCCUCUGCUACCAGUUCCUCCCAGAGGCAGAGAGUGAACAGUGACAGCUCUGCGGCUGAAGCUUUAACACACAGCACAACACAUGUGACCAGUAAACUCAGCAGAGCGGGCUGCAUCCAUCGUUCCAACACGACAGCUGCUGAUUUUAAACCGAAAUUGAGACAGGAAAAUAGCCAAAAGACGAGUGAAAAAGAGAAAUUGAGGGAACAAGAGAUGUUGAUUGAGUGUGUGAAGAACAAGGACGUGAAGAAGCUCCAAGAGUUGCACCUGAAUGGGUCUGACCUCAAAGCGCUGGACCAAUCAGGCUGCAGUUUGCUGCACCAUGCUGUCAGUACAGGAAGCAAGGAGAUGGUCCGCUACAUCCUGGACAAUGCUCCAAGUGACCUGCUUGAUGUCACAGAAAAACUACAUGGGGAGACGGUUCUUCAUCGAGCUGCAUCUCUGUGUCACAGGACCAUCUGUCAUUAUCUGGUAGAAGCAGGAGCCUCACUGAUGAAAACAGACCUACAGGGUGAUACUCCUAAGAACAGGGCAGAGAAGGCUAAUGAUGCUGAACUGGCAGCCUAUCUGGAAAACAGACAGCAUUACCAGAUGAUACAGAGAGAGGAUCAAGAAACAGCUGUCUGAAACUGUUGAACUCUUUAUGAACAGGACGUGGAUGAAGAAACUGCUUUCUUCUGACUGCAGACUGAGUGUGAAGCCGUGCCAAAUCUGAUUGAAAUGUGCAUUUAAUAAUUAUUACGGCAGAGAUUAUAAUGAUGAUGGUAAUGACUUUAAGUCAGUGGAUGUUAAUGUUAAUGGGUGUGAAGAGAAAGAGUAAGGUUAUGAGAAGUUCAUUAAGUCAUUCCUUUUCAGUUUGAGUAAUAAAAAGUGACAGUGAAAUCAGGAAAAUGGAACACUGGGAGAAUCAGAAAUCAGGGUUCUGAUUUUAAGGGCAGUUUCAGAUUUAUUCUUCAAAAGCCAUUCAUAUCAAAGGUAUACAAAGGACUAUACAUUUUAAACUAAAUGUGACCAUCUACAAUAAAUUAGUGAUGAUGAAAUGUGUCGUGGUAUUAGUAUCAGUUACUACAUUUAGUCUGCAGAUGGUACAAUUUCAGUCCAGUCUGCAAUUUGCAUUACACACCAAAAUGUAAAAUUUCUCUGGGGGGACAUUAGUGUCUGAGAGGCUUCAUUAAAAUUGCUCUCCUUAGGAGCCCGAAUAUCUCAGCAAAUUUAUUGACAAUUUGCAUAUUAGAUCAAAUAUCUGCAAAUAUAUCUGAAAUAUCUGCAUGUGCUGCAUUGCUGUUUUGGCCUAAAGAUGGCACUAGUGGAGACUUUAUUGAAUGUCCAACAUAGAAAACAAUUGAGUAAAUUUCAU